AUGCCCCUCUGGCAAAUCUACCAUCCGACUGGCACCUUCAAAGACACUGUCUCCAAACAAGCCCUAGCUGAGGAUAUCACAAAGAUGUACACGGGUAUUGGUCUUCCGUCAUUUUAUGUGGUGGCUCAAUUUAUCCAAAUGUCAGAGAGCGACGUUUGGGUCGGUGGGCAGCCAAAAAUAGCGAACCCAUUCAUUCGCGUGGUCAUCACCCAAAUCGCUGUGCGCUUGCCCGAUGAUGAUGUGGCGUACAAGAAGAAUACCACUAUGAUCGACAACGUCCUAAAGCCUCAUAUUGCCGACAAGGGAUACGAUUGGGAGUACCAUGUGGACGAGACCGAAAGAAGAUUGUGGAAGAUCAAUGGCAUGAUUCCUCCACUGUGGAAGAGUGAGGAGGAAAGGCUGUGGUGCACAGAAAACAAGCCAGUGCCCUAUGAAGGAGCCUACGCUCGAUUUUAA